AUGGUGAAAGAGGAAGAGGAGAAAUGCCUCAAAUGCAUAUUUGUGGGCAAUGCUGCGGUUGGAAAAACUUCGAUGAUUGUAUCUUAUACUACAAAUGGAUAUCCUCAAACAUAUAUGCCAACUGCUUUCGAUAACUUCUCAGUAGUUGUGUUUGUGGACAAUAAACCUCUUCGGUUACAGUUGCAUGACACUGCUGGACAGUCUUCGUUCGAUUCUCUUCGUCCAUUGUGCUAUUCCGAUGCCGACGUUUUCAUUAUUGUCUAUUCGGUUAUUGACGAAAAAUCAUUUGAGGAUGUGCUAAUUCAUUGGUAUCCGGAAGUCACCAAAAGGAACCCAGGAACAAAAAUUAUACUGGUUGGAACACAAAUUGAUCAACGAUGGCAAAUUCGCGGCGAGACUGUGACGACGACUCGCGGAAAAACACUUGCAGCUCAUAUUGGCGCUGAAUUUUAUGAAUGUUCCGCUUUAACACAGCAUAAUUUGAAGCAGAUGUUCGACUCUGCCAUAUUAGCGGGUCUUGAGACAAAGAAACUACGCGAGAAGCGCCCUCUUCAUAGCAAAUCAGCGAAAUUCAAGGAGCGAGUUCAAAAAUUUAUUACAAGAACGAAAAACCUUAUCUGA